CAACAGUAAAUAUAGGUACCAACCAGCCAGUGGAAUCAAGCAUAGGCACAGGAAUUUCAUUUACCAAGCAGACGUUUCCGUGGAAGAAUCAGUGCCAGUUUUCUUGUCAGAAUCACACCCUAAUCUUCAUUCAUUCGUUCCCAUUGCGUCUAACAGAACCAUGGACCAGACCAAGCUGAAAGAACUCGGCCUGCGCCUUUUCGAAAUCAAUGCUUUCAAAUUCGGCGAUUUCAAAAUGAAAGUCGGCAUCAAUUCGCCGGUCUAUUUCGAUCUUCGGGUGAUCGUGAGCUAUCCAGAUGUGAUGGAAACGGUGUCGGAUCUGCUAACCGAAUUCAUCCAGCAAACCAAAGUCGACAUGGGAGCACAUCUGUGUGGGGUUCCUUAUACGGCACUUCCGAUUGCCACGUUGAUUUCAAUCAAGGCACAGAAACCGAUGCUGAUUCGGCGCAAGGAGGCUAAAAACUAUGGCACCAAGAAGCUGGUCGAAGGAAAGUUCAAUGCCGGAGACAAGUGUCUCAUCAUCGAAGAUGUGGUGACAUCUGGAUCCAGCAUUCUGGAUACGGUGACUGAUCUACAAUCGGAAGGUCUCGUCGUCACGGACGCAAUCGUGGUGGUUGAUCGUGAACAGGGCGGUUCUCAGAACACAGAAGAAAACGGCGUCCGAAUGCACUCGCUGUUCACGUUGUCAUAUCUGUUGAACGUGCUGCUCGAGGCUGGUCGCAUUGAGGAGAAGACAGUGAAAGCUGUGGCAAAGUACAUUGAGGGUGCUCAAAUCAAAAGCGACGGUUCGUUCAUUAAGAAUGGCACCACGGUAAUCAACGAGCUGAGCCGUACGGGAAUGACAUUCGAAGCACGUGCAGACUUGGCCAAGUGCCCGGUCGGCAAAGAGCUGAUGAAACUGAUGGCCAGUAAGAAAAGUACCCUUUGCUUAGCCGCAGACCUGACCAAGUCUGAGGAGAUAUUGAAUCUGGUGGAGAAAACUGGACCAUACAUCUGUUUGUUGAAAACGCAUGUAGACAUUGUCGAGGACUACAACGAAAACUUUGUGAAAUCGUUGCAAUCACUGGCCAAGAAGCACAAUUUCAUGAUUAUGGAAGAUCGUAAGUUCGCUGAUAUUGGAAAUACUGUUGCUCUGCAGUAUGACAGCGGUUUAUUCAAAAUAUCCAACUGGGCUGAUUUGGUAACUGUUCAUUCACUUCCUGGCCAGGGUGUGCUGAAAGGGCUGAAAUCGGUACUGCAUGAUCCCACCCAACAGAGGGGAGUGUUUCUACUGGCCGAAAUGAGUUCCCAAGGCAAUCUAGCCACUCCUCAGUACAGUGCCGCAACGAUGAAAAUAGCCACGGAGAUGGACACGGACUUCGUCGCCGGCAUCGUGUGUCAGAGCUCGGAUUUAGUCGCUUCCCCUGGACUGCUUCAGUUGACUCCCGGCGUAAAGCUCGAGGAGGGUGCCGACGGGUUGGGCCAGAAAUAUGAUAGUCCCGAGCACGUCGUCAAGGAGAAGGGUGCCGACAUUUGCGUUGUUGGAAGAGGUAUCUUGAAUGCUAAGAAUCAGGAAGAUGCGGCCAAAACUUACCGGAAACGGCUUUGGGCGGCAUACUGUGAACGUGUCGGAAUGAGCGAAUAAAUCAUUAAUCAAGUGCAUCUGUUGCAGCAAUCACACCCAAUUCCACAACGAGUAUUACCUUGAGACACCUAAUUAGAAAA